AGUCAAAAGGUAUUCAUCCCCCCAAACCCAUCAUUCCCAAACCCCCAUCAAAAACCAGUUAUUUGUGCUCCAAGAUUCUCCCAAUUCGCAGAAGAACAUGAAGAUCACAGCGUUGCUUGUUCUCAAAUGCAACCCUGACGGUUCAUCAGAUCCGAUCAUCCUCGCAAACUCCACCGACGUUAGCCACUUCGGUUACUUCCAGCGGUCUAGCGUCAAGGAGUUCAUCGUCUUCGUUGGCCGUACAGUCGCCAAACGCACGCCUCCGUCUCAACGUCAAUCUGUUCAACACGAAGAAUACAAGGUGCAUUCCUACAAUAGAAAUGGUCUUUGCGCUUUGGGCUUUAUGGAUGACCACUAUCCUGUUCGAAGUGCAUUUUCUCUGUUAAACCAAGUGGUAGAUGAAUACCAAAAGAAUUUCGGUGAUUCAUGGAAAACUGUGCAAGCAGAUUGCAGCCAACCGUGGCCUUAUUUAGAUGAAGCUUUGACCAAAUUUCAGGAUCCUGCCCAGGCAGACAAGCUGCUGAAAAUUCAGAGGGAAUUGGAUGAAACAAAAAUCAUACUUUACAAGACUAUUGAUAGUGUCCUUGAAAGAGGUGAAAAGCUGGACAAUUUAGUGGAAAAAAGUUCAGAUCUCAGUGCAGCUUCACAGAUGUUUUACAAACAAGCGAAGAAAACAAACCAAUGUUGUACAAUAUUGUGAAAUGUUAAAUGGGAUGCAAGGUACACUGGGAUGUGUUUGUUUGCUGUUUAAUGUUUAUACUAUUAUAAAUAGUUCUUUUGUGAUUUAUGCUUGAUACUCUUUGUAAUAUAUGUGGUGGAAAAGGGGUGUUUGAUAUUCUUUUUUAUUUAAUAGGCCCAUUUAUUUAA